CCAAGUCGCAUCCGAGCAGCGAGGGCGUCUUACCCACAGGCGACAACAACCGCGUUAGAAACGCGUUCGUCGGCGGGAGAAGCGGACGAGCCAUGCCGGACACCGGGUCGCCUCCCGGGCCGCCCGAGCCCGCGGGAACCCAACCGUGGCCCGGCUUCGACAAGUUCUCAGCCGUGCAGGGUAUACUGGACAGAAACCACGCGCUGAUCGCCGAGAUCGACCAGAACCACGCGAGCAGGUACCCCGAGGGCUUGCAGCGCAACGUCGUGCUGAUUCGAGAGCUCAACGAGAAUCUGACCAAAGUCGGGGAUCUUUACGAGGAGCUCUCGGGGGCGUUCAUGCAGCGGGUGUCCUCGGCGCAGUCCGUGAACCCGGAGAAUCGAAACAACGGCGACGGAACCGGAUGGGAGACCGCCGAGCGCGAGGCUGCGUGAACGGCGCGUCGACGGCGGGAGCGCGGAUGCGAGCGUCGGAUGCGGCGAGAGCGCAUCGGCCAAAACGCAAAAGAGCAAAGGAGGGAGAGUGUCGAGUGUACCAUCAUGUAAAUACGUCCAAGCACAUUUCGAACGAA